CCCGUUCUCGACUCCUCUGGUUAUCGAAAAGCUCUCUCUCUCCUCUUCUGUUUCUCUCUCAUCACCUAUUAGCUACCAAUACUCUCCAUACCUUUUAGCUCCCCAUGCUUCAAGAUAUACUUACCAUACCUGCACACACCCCUCUCCCCACACGCACUUACAAAAAUCAGUAGAAAAAUCUCCCAAGAUUUUCUCCCAGUUUCAUCUAAGAUUUCUCCCCGUCUUCAGCACGUACGCGCCUGAUUGUCCGUGUCCCUGCUGUUUCUGCUUGUUCUACGGUUGAGCUGUGUGAAUUUUGGCUGUUUGUUCGUGGGUUUUUCGUUAAUGUCUUGUUUGGCUGGGAAAUGAGAGAUCUGAGUUGGGUUUAGUGUGUGAAGAAAUGUCUGCCUCUGAGGUGUCGAUCAAGGGUUAUAAUAAUGAUUGCAACGAUUAUAGUUCCGGGACGGAUAAGGGGAAUUCCGGCGCUGGAAAAGUGGAUGCUGAGACGGCGUUAUACACAGAGCUAUGGAGGGCCUGCGCCGGUCCUUUGGUGACUGUUCCUCGUGAGCACGAGCUUGUUUACUAUUUUCCUCAGGGUCACAUAGAGCAGGUGGAGGCAUCUACUAAUCAAAGUGCAGACCAGCAGAUGCCCGUGUACAAUCUUCCUCCCAAGAUUCUCUGCCGAGUGGUUAAUGUCCAUUUGAAGGCCGAGCCCGACACAGACGAGGUCUUUGCUCAAGUUACCUUGAUGCCUGAACCUAAUCAAGAUGAGAAUGCAGUAAAAAAGGAACCUCUUCCGGCCCCACCACCUCGCUUUCACGUCCACUCUUUUUGCAAGACUCUUACUGCAUCAGAUACAAGUACUCAUGGUGGGUUCUCGGUGCUGCGACGGCAUGCUGAUGAAUGUCUUCCCCCAUUGGACAUGUCAAGGCAACCUCCCACCCAGGAACUAGUGGCGAAAGAUUUGCAUGGAAAUGAGUGGCGAUUUAGGCAUAUUUUUCGUGGUCAACCACGGAGGCACCUGCUCCAGAGUGGUUGGAGCGUCUUUGUUAGUUCAAAGAGGCUCGUUGCUGGGGAUGCCUUUAUAUUCUUGAGAGGGGAGAAUGGGGAGCUGCGUGUUGGAGUUAGGCGUGCCAUGAGACAACAGGGAAAUGCUCCAUCAUCAGUCAUAUCCAGCCACAGUAUGCAUCUUGGUGUUCUAGCAACAGCUUGGCAUGCCAUUCAGACCAAGACCAUGUUCACAGUAUAUUACAAGCCUAGGACCAGUCCAUCUGAGUUUAUUGUUCCCUACGAUCAAUACAUGGAAUCUGUUAAAAACAACUACUCGAUAGGAAUGAGAUUCAAGAUGAGAUUCGAAGGUGAAGAAGCUCCAGAACAGAGGUUUACUGGAACUAUUGUUGGAAUUGAAGAUGCAGAUCCGAAAAGGUGGCCAGAGUCGAAAUGGAGAUGCCUAAAGGUUCGAUGGGAUGAAACUUCAACAAUUCCUCGACCUGAGAGGGUUUCCCCCUGGAAAAUAGAACCUGCUCUUUCUCCUCCUGCGCUGAAUCCACUUCCUGUGCCAAGACCUAAAAGGCCUCGAUCGAGUGUCUUGCCAUCAUCCCCCGACUCUUCUGUCCUUACCAGGGAAGGUCCAUCUAAGAUGGCUGUAGACCCUUCACCUGCCAGUGGGUUCCCAAGGGUCUUGCAAGGUCAAGAAUUGUCGACCUUGAGAGGGACUUUUGCGGAGAGCAAUGAGUCAGAGUCAUCUGAGAAGCCAUUACUGUGGAAUCCCUCAUUAGAUUCUGAGAAGAUUGAUGCCUCGGCUUCAAGAAGAUAUGGGUCAGAUAAGUGGUUACCUAUUGGAAGGCCUGAGAAGUCAUUCACUGAUCUGUUAUCGGGUUUUGGGUCUCAAAAUAAUUCAUCCAAUGAUUUCUGUAUGUCUCCUGUCAAUCAAGAAGUUUCAAAGCUACAAGCACAAGAGCAUGAGGCCAAGUUUAGCUUAAUUGGGAACACCUGGUCUAUCAUGCCUUCUGGUCUCUCCCUUAAUCUGAUGGAUUCUGGCUUGAAGACUCAUGGGCAAGGUGCUGAUUCUUCUUAUCAGAGACGCGGUGAUGCCAGAUAUGCUACUUUUAGAGAAUUUUCCUUGAUUCCUGAUCCUAGGGGAGACAAUCAACAAGGAAAUUGGUUGAUGCCUCCGCCUAUUUCACCAUACCUUCAAAUGCCAUCUUCUCAGUCAAGAGAGCUGAUGCCGAAAUCUGUAUUUGCGCAACCACAUGAUACGAUGAAGCCAAAGGAAGGAAAUUGCAAGCUGUUUGGUAUUCCCCUCAUAAGUAACUCGGCAUCAUUAGAGCCAGCAUUGUCACAUAGAACUGCUAUGACUGAGCCAGCUGGUCAUGUGCAGCAUGGGAUACGUUCUCACCAAUCCCUUGCUAUUGAGUCUGAUCAAAGGUCUGAUCAAUCUAAGGGCUCAAAAGUGGUGGAUAAUCCAGUUGCCACCACUGAGCAGGAGAAGCAAUUUCAAACCUUCCAUCCUGUGGCUAGAGACAGAGAAAGCAAAGGUCACUCUGGUUCAACAAGGAGUUGCACUAAGGUUCAUAAGCAGGGGACUGCCCUUGGUCGGUCUGUGGAUCUUUCCAAGUUUGACAACUAUGAUGAAUUGAUUGCUGAAUUGGAUAAUCUCUUUGAAUUUAAUGGUGAACUCAAGGCACGGAAUAAGAAUUGGCUUGUUGUGUAUACUGAUGAUGAGGAUGAUAUGAUGCUUGUUGGAGAUGACCCCUGGGAGGAGUUCUGUGGUAUGGUUCGCAAGAUUCUAAUACUAACAAAAGAAGAGGUCCAGCGUAUGAGUCCAGGGACCUUCAAUUCAAAAGGAGAAGAAACAUCAUCGGUUGCAGAAGGCAUGGAUGCUAAAGAUGUGAAGGAUUUGCCAAAAACUUCAUCAUCUAGCCCAGACGAUUGCUAGUUUUCCACCUCUAGCUGCUAUAGAAUGCAGGCAAGGAAGGAGACUGUAUAUCCAUCUAGCCGUUGAAUUUUGGGGACAUCGAAUAAGAGAUGCAUGUGAAGUCCCUUCAACUUCUGGAUGGCGGGACUCUCUUAUAUAUAUAGACGCAGUUUUUAGUAUUUGCAAUUUUGAACCCCUCUUUUGGGGGCCAACCUAUGGUGCCCAAUAACCUCGUCUUAUACGUAAUGUACAUGACACAUUAUGAACAUGCUACCUUCCUCCAUUGCCCAACCUCUGUAAAUAGCCGCUUCCAUUCCCCAGCAUCGAUGUAAUUAAGCCGUCAAUACACAGCCUAGUAUGUCUCAUAUAGUCUUUGUUCCUGCAGUAUUGAUAUGUAAUGUCUCUGAGCACGAUGUAUUGUCAUCGGCAUUAAUUUGUCUUGUGGUGAAGAUUGUACCUCUGGGUGGACUCUUGUGGUUGGGAGUAAUUUGUUGUACAAGAAUCCAUCAUGGCUUAUCGAAGGUUGUUUCUGGUUUUAGUGCAAAGGUGUAUUCCAAGUCA